AUGGUUAAUUCUCAGCCUUCAUCUCCUCGCAACACAACCAACCCCAUCAUUCCAGAAUCAUCAACACCUGAUUCUGCCCAGCUUUUUAAGAAAGCUGAUCCUUACCUUAUCCAUCCCUCGGACAGCCCAGCAACAGUGUUUUAUCAACCGUUACUUCAGGGAGAUAAUUAUGCCUCCUGGCAACGAGGAAUUUCAAAAGCGCUGAAUGCAAAAGGCAAACUUGGUUUCAUCGACAGGACACUACCACCACCCACUAAUCAGGCUGAGUUAGGAUAUUGGAAGCGCUGCGAUGAUUUAGUUUGUAGUUGGGUUCUUAAUUCUGUUCAACCCGACAUCCGUUCCAGCUGCCUAUAUGCAGACUGUGCUCGUACGAUUUGGAAAGAUCUCCAAACUCGUUUUUCUCACUCUAAUGGGCCGAAACUUUAUCAACUCAAAAUGGCCAUCUCGAACCUCAAGCAAGAGGACAUGUCUGUCACAGCUUAUUUCACCAAACUAAAAUCAUUGUGGGAUGAAUUUGAUUCUAUCUCCCCUACUGAACAGUGCAUUUGUGGUGCUGAAAAAGUACUCAUCGAGCGCCUUGCACGUGACCGUGCCAUGGAAUUUAUGCAGGGUCUUCAUGAUCGAUUUUCUCACGUUCGUAGUGAAAUCCUUCUUCUUGAGCCAACACCUUCUUCUGAUAAAAUUUUUAAUUUGGUCAAACAAGAGGAAGCGCAACAGUAUAUUGAUCAAGCAUCAGCACCUGUUAUUGAAUCUGUCGCACUCCAACUUCAUGGCUCCUCUCAUAGGCCUGUUCGUGCACAUGGUAACAAACGCCAGCGACCUUUUUGCGAUCAUUGCAAUAGGUAUGGACACACUAAGACUACCUGUUAUCAGCUUCAUGGUUAUCCAUCCAGGACCACUCCAUCCACUAAUGCUCCGCAUUCUGGCUCUCUCCCUCCCACUGCUGCUGCCGUCCUGCCAAAAUCUGGACAGCCGAAUAAUUCCAACUCUGACAAUGGAAUCCCGUCAUUCACACCGGACCAGUACAAUCGAAUUCUUGCAUUAAUUGAUCCACCCUCAAUGGAUGACCUGGCUUCUCCUCCUAGAAUCAAUCUGACAGGUAUACAAAACUCAAAUGAACCACCAUGGUACAUCGACAGUGGUGCGACUCAUCAUAUAUGUUGUCAACUAUCUUUAUUUUCUGAAUAUCGUCAAGUUGUACAUCCCAUUCAUGUUCAAUUACCUGAUGAUACUAUAAUCUAUGUUAAGCAUAUUGGGGACAUUGUUCUUUCUCCUUCUCUUAUUUUACAUGAUGACCACACCACGAGGAGGGUGAUUGGUAAAGGCACCUCUUUUGCCGGUCUUUAUAGGCUUCAGCUUUCUGCUCGUAUUAGUUUCAUUCAGAAUAACACGCCAAUGGACGUGUGGCAUGCAAGAUUAGGCCAUCCUAGUUCCGAUGGUUAUUCUUUCAACCAUAAGGGUUAUAAAAUUCUUGAUAUUGCCACAAAGAAAAUUUAUGUAUCUAGACAUGUCAAAUUUUCUGAGCAUCUUUUUCCAUAUUCUGAUGCACUCUCUCCUCAACCAGAUCACCUUCAAUCUUCUGCACCAAAUGCAUCAUUUUAUUAUGAUGAUCCUACUGAAGAACAGUCCAACAGUUCUCCAGCGACUAACAUUCAUAAUUCCUCUCAGGUCUAA